AUGAAGUACACCAUACAGGAAGACAUUGGUGUUCAUUUCCUAGACAAAGUCGUAGAGGAAAUUAAGGAUGGAAAAACAUUCUCCUUUGUCAUUGACAACAUUGACUGGGAGGAGCAUGUUCAUGAAAUGCGGUCAGAUAACCAAAACGAGAGUGUGCAUGCCGUAGCAACAUCUAUAGUGUUUGAUCAUGUUUCAUCCAUCCACUUGCCAGAUGAAGAGCCACAGCAGUCCUUAGCUUCCUGUGAUGUUGUCAAAUUAGUCCAGUUAUCAGACAGUGAUAUUACAAUUCAAAAGCAAGUUUAUAAGUCAAUAGCCGCACAUAUUCUUUGUGAAUACAUCCCAACCUUUAAAUUCCUCAAGGACUUGGUGACUCAUUUUGAUGUACCAAUGCAACAUAAGGUGGAGAUGCAACAAAAGUCCCUGGUUGUGCCCUUCCCUGUCCUGUUUAAAGAUGAAAAGAAAUAUGCAGAAAUUGUGGAUGUGUUGGAUCAGCUGGAAAAAUGGGUCCACCAAAUUUAUGCUCUGGCAGGUAAAAUUCCACCUGAGAAAGAUAUCUCAAAUGCCCACCAUGUGCUACAGAACUUAGCAAAUAUGUGUGGGAAUUGAAAAAUCGAAACAUCCAUUAUACAAUCAAAUGGAAACUAUUGAAACGAGCUAAGCCUUAUAACUGCUUCAAAUAAAUGUAAUUUGUGAUUAUGGGAGAAAUACUUUAUUAUUUGUAAGCCCAAAAUGACCACUCUAAACAAACGUAAUGAGUUAGUAUCAGCAUGUAGGCAUAAUAAAAAAUUCCUUUUAAGUAACAUUUAAAAGCUAGACAUUUAAAUAUACCGCGGUGUGUUAAUCAUUCCGCGUCCUGUCAGCUUAUCAUAUAACAUGUUUAUUAAUGUUGCUAAUUUAAGUUAUUUUUCACCAUUAAUUUUUAUUUAAAAUAAGUUUUUGGCACGUGAACCGUGUCGUCUUCAGGGUACUAAAAUGUUGUACGACAAUACAAGCGCAUUUUAAUAUAAUAAUUGGCAAUUUUAGUCUAUUAGAAUGUAUGUAAGAUUUUAGACCAGUUUUUACAGUAACUGUUUGUAAUGUGCUGCAAAUCAUCAUGGCCCGUGCAACAUUUACUUAUCUAUCCAAACGAAUAUAAACUAAUUAUAUACAACAAAAGUCAGACAGGCUUUUGUUUUGAUAUGAUUAUGUUUGACGUUGCGUGACAUAUCACAACAAUAGAAUUCGACUUGAUUGAAAUGAAAUUGACAACACAAAGGCUGUGCACUAUUUGCAACAGAAAUAAUAAAUUCUGACAUUGAAAAUCCCACGAAAAGGUGUGUAAAAAAUAGCUUAUGGCCAAGGAUAAAACAAGUAAGAUUAACAGCUUUGCUUGGAACUAUAUAAUAUUAAAAUUUAAAACAAAUUUGCAAAAAGUUUUUGCUGUUUAUCACAAUGUUUAUACAGACUAUACAGGGUGUAUAAUUACAGUUUCAAUUAUAGGCAACGCUAACUAUAGCGUUUGCAGUUUUUUUUAUACACCCUGUAUACAAAAAACAAAACAUUGUUUAUCGGCAGUCAAAAAAAUUUAGUCAAAUAGAUAUUUUGUGUUAAUUUACCUCUGUGUUGGCGUCACUGUCAGCUAGUAAGAUGGUAAUAAGGCGUUGUAUUAAACUCAGUUCAUGGCAUCGCCUAAACAUCAACACGCCGUAAAUAAGGCACAGAGGAGCAACUUUUUUCUCGUUGCCACAGUCCAAAUCUAGCAUCUGGGAUAAACUUGUGAAUGUUACUGGGCACAUAGUUCGUAGCUCUUUGAGAAUGUUCUCCGACGAAAAACUACUCAUAGCGGCAAAAUCCUUUCUGCGAAGAACAGAAUUCAUGUCUCUCUGCGCAAUCUUUCAUAGUUCUUAAUCUAUUUUCUUGAGUAUUUCAUCGAACGGCAAUUCAUUCAGGGCCGGUUUGGAAACGGUGUCUUUGAUGGUCUGAGUUUCAACAUCAAUCUAUAUUUAUGAUAAACCAAAAAUUAUAUAAAGUUUUAAAUUUAAAAUAUUAUAAAAUGAAAGUUCCCUAGAUGAAGUAGAAGAUAUGAUUAUUUUAUACAGUAAAUAUAGCGUAUAUACCUUGGGCAAUGUAGGUUCCAGGGGGAGAUUGUAUGUUUCAAAUGAUGAAGAAAGGCAUCGACGACUUUGAGAAGAUUUACCACGAAUUAAUGUGUCUGUUUUUGCACUCUUUUCAUCAGCGGUAGGUGCAGAAGGCAAAAGUUCAAUGCAUCUCUUUUGGCGCAUCAUGGAGUCUUGGUUAUCGCAUAUCAUGUUUUUAAACUUCAUGAAGUUAUCCAGUCAUCUUUCACAAGGCCGGCAUACAAGAUGAGGAAGUGAAUCGCCACGCAGUAGUUUUCCACCGUAUAAUAAUUUGGCAGAAGCAAGCACGUUUACACUGGCCUUAUUGUACAGGUUUUUACUGUGUUUUGGAUCGAUUAUGCUGCAACAAAGUCGACACAUAGACUUUGAAUCUAAGUUCGACUUGGCGUAUACCUUCUUUGGUGUUUCUUUUCGCUGCGCCAUAUUUGCUAUCUGAAUGUGUGAGCCGCGAUUUUUUAGUAUAUAUUGCAUUUCGGCAUUGCAAAGGCAUCACAGCGUCAGGACGUCCCAUUUGCAAAUAAGUGCUAAAAGCAGCAUAUUGACUUUGCCACCCCUCCCUAAGAGUUGAAUUUGAAUUGAGCACUAAUUAAAAAUCUCCCAGAUUUUGCGAGAUUUGGAGGUGUCACAUGACCAGCCUGAACCAGGGUCUUCGCCGCAGCCCAGCGUAGCUAGAAGGCUCUGGCUUGCGAGGUUGUGUUGACCUUGGCAAAGAAAAAUUGAAUGAGGCUUUAACAUCCACCAAUGAACUUGUCACUCAUGCACUGGCAUUUUUGGUAAGAGGUGUGGCAACAGAUUUAAAGUAAACAUUAGCAUACUUCCUUACAAAGGACGUGACAUCUUACCAGCUGAUGUCACUUUUUUGGAAGGCUGUAUGUGUGCUGGAACUGGGAUGCAAUCUAUGGAUAUGUGCAGCUGUAAGUGAUGGGGCAUCACCUAACCUUCUCAAAUUCAUUAAUAAUUCAUGAGUAAUUCAGCCAAUGAUAAUAACCUAUUUGAUCACAAGAUGCCAUUUGGAUACUUGAUGAAAGUCACUAGUGUUUUCAUCAAAUAUCUUAAUUAUGCAUGCAAAAUUACUUGAAUAGAAUUCCUAAUUAAGUUAUGCUUGGUUAAGAAUUCUAUUCAAAUCAGCAAACGAAAACAUUCUGUUACGUUUCGAUUCAUUUGAGAAGCCAUAUAAACAACACUCGCUCUCGUGUUUUCAUACAUUGUUUUCUCGUGUUUAGACAUCCCGGUGAAACACUUGCUCUCGUUGUUCAUAUAUUACAUCAAUGUUAUGAGCUGCACGCUGGUAUUGCUGAUAAUGCAAGCGAAAGAAUUGUGCAUGCAAUGAUUAAUCUCUUCUGUCCGAGCAGAAAAAUCUACUUUUUCUGAGAUGCACCACAUUUGGUAAAGAUAUCACGAAACUGUCUUUUUAAUUCAGGAAGUGGAAAGUGCUGUUGGCAAUUAUAGAACAAUGAGAAAUUCUUACUGUGGGAGCAUAUUGCUAAACUGUAUAUUUCCCAUUUAGACUGUGGUCUUCAUCAGUUGCCAAAAGUUUCUGUUGGUCACAUAAAUUUGAAGUCUUUUUCCAAGAUGAAUGUCAGCUUAGCAACUCGAGUAAUGAGCAAGACAGUGUUGUUGGCUUUAAAAUGCUACUACACUAAAGGAGAAGCAGAUGAAACAGCCAAGUUAUGUGAGAUGAUCAAUGACUUCUUUGAUUGUCUGAAUGUUCGUUCCUUUCAUGAACAUGAGAGAAAACGCAAUGCUUUUUGGCACCAUACCGGAGCACCACAGAUUCUCGGUUUGAAUGGCUUGAGAAUGUAUUUCUCAGGUAUCUGGCUGAUUGACUUUCCUCCACUCAGAUUUGUGCUGGCUCGUUCACUCCAUACCAAAGGGCUAAAAUGUCCCUGUCCAUUCAGACAUGCAAAGGACUACAAAUAA